UUAUUUGGCAAAGAUGGGCCGUCCUUGGCUGACUUGAUUUAAAAUGGUGGACAGCGAAGCCAGGGAGCAGGUCUAGACGGAGGUAUCUCAACAUAUUUUCAUCUCUGCCUUCAGCGUCAUUCUGUGCGAGGUGGGAAAAGCAGCAGUCAUGGAAGAUAAAAAAGAAGUGAAGCAAAUUGCCRUCAAAGUGCUGGGCUACUUGGAGAGCGUGACGUCUUUCGCCGCCUCCAUCGACCCCAUGUUUGGCAUCGUCUCCUCUGUGGUCGGCGCCGCCCGGCAAGGCUUGGAGGAGAACAACGGCCAUCACGAUCCAGAACUGGACAAGGACWUUAAGGAGAUUCACGCCAAGCUGAAAGAGAUCUCUGAUAAGAACCAUGAACUGCUGAAGCAGAUUCGCGUCAGUGAGGURAACGAAAAUUUAAAAAAGUACGAGGAGCGCAUCAAGCACCAGUACAACGCCUUCACAGAGAUGAUAGAACGGGUGAAGAAAGAUCAGGCCAACGCUAAGAAACACAUGGAUGAAUUUGAGAGGAUUUACGAGAGAGACCACUCUGAAGAGGGCCUGCAAGUGUACUACAACAGCGUGAUGGGGAACAAAAGUUUGGUGUUCAGCAGACCUAUGCUGGAAGUGUACAUGGAUGCCUGCAACCGUGACCAUGAAAAAAUGAAGCAGCACUGCCUUCACAUUGCAAAUCUCUUCCAGAAAGGCCUCAUGGCACUAAUGGGCUACACAGCUGUUACAGAAGACGAUGAAGAAGAGAUGCGGGACAAGUGGUAUCCGAGGGUGGAGCAGAUCCAGAAGAAAUUCGACGAUGUGCUGAAUGAGUGUCAAAAUAAAUCGUCCUGAACACAAACCCACAACGAAAGCAUGUUCUCUGGGUUUAACGCCAGCAACACAGCAGAGCCUGUAAGGCAGUACAAAUUAUACAAGACAAAUUAUAUUAUAUUUAGAAUCUAUAAACCAAAGCCAUGUUACAUGUGAGUACUUAAAAUGCAGCUGUUCUUUGAUUUCAAUAUAGUUAUUGUAUUGAUUGUUUGUUUUUCAUUUAAAGACCUGUCAUUUUGUGUCACAUCUCAAUAAAUGCUGAAGUUUUAUACAAUGUGUUUUUAUUAAAUGAAUAAAUUAAUGGGAGUUUU